AUGGAGGGAAUUCUAAAAAGUAAAGGGUUGCGCAUAAGUCGUACGAAAACUGAACAUUUGCGACGCGACUUUAGUGGGACAUUGCCGAUUGGGGAGCCAGAGGUGUCCAUUGGUGAAGAAGUUGUAACAAGUACGACCAAGUACAGGUAUUUAAGAUCGGUUAUUCAAAGUAAUGGAGAGAUUAACGGGGAUGUUAUCCAUCGAAUACAAGCAGGUUGGAUCAAGUGGAGAGCAGCCACCAAGGUUCUAUGUGAUAGGAAGUUUUCAAGUAGGUUAAAAGGUAAAUUUUACCGAGUGGCAAUCAGAUCUGCUUUGUUGUAUUGGGCUGAAUGUUGGCCCGUAAAGAAGACUUUUGAACAUAAGAUAGAAGUAACAGAAAUGUGUAUGCUGAGGUGGAUGUGCGGUUACACAUUGAUGGAUCGGAUUAGGAAUCAGGAUUUUAGAGAUAACCUAGGGGGAUGCUCCUAUUUCUGCAAAGAUGCACGAAAAUAG